CAAAAAAUUAAUUAUUAAUUAAAUAAUUAACACUUAUUUUUUAAUUACUUCAAGUCAGUCUGGAUAGUAAGUAAUCAAGAAACUAAGACAAAAUAUUUUAAAGUUUCAAUAAAGUCUAGAAAAGCUAGCUUUUAAUUUUUAAUUUGAAUUAGAUUUAGGAUAUAGCAUUGUUAAGCAUGAGUACUAAUAUAGAGCAAGAGUUACUUCAGACAUUUCUGAAGAUACGUGAAUAUAAAAAGCAAACUAGCUAUUAUAUUUCCUUGUCUUUUGAGAGAUUAUAUUAAAUAGUUGUAUUCUAAAGAGAUUAAUACACAAUAAAGGAUAUCAUUAUCAAAAUGUUUGAAUUUGAGGAAAACAAUGAAUUCAUACAUAUAGCGCUUAUUUCUUGUGUGAAUAAGAUAUUCAAAUAUACAAUAUUUGAUUUAUAGCAUCUUUAAGAAGGAGAACAAACUUGGAUAAGUCCUCAAGCAAUAGUUGAAAUUUUAUACAAAUUAGCUAAUGUGGUUAUAAAUGAAUCAACAUUAGACAUUUACAUAUCCAAAAAACUCAAUCUCCUAAAAACCAUAUUAGAAUUGCCUUUAGAGUAUAUUUCCAGCGAUGUCUUUGAAGUAGUUUGGAAUCUUCUGUAAGUUUGCGAAUAAAUUCCAAGUAUUGAAAUAAAGGAAUAGUCAAGAGAUACUAUAUUUUUUACUGUAGUUUCUUACAUAGAAAGAGUUAUAGCAAAUCACAAUAAUGACAUCCAAAGAAUAGAUUAUAUUUUACAGAUUCUAAGUAGCAAAAUUAAUAAGUUUUAUGAAAGCUAUUACAAUACACCUCAAGGCAGAACUUCAGAUAGCAUUAAAGCUAUAGAACAACCCUUAUAACUACUUAUAUUUGCUAUCUAGUUGCUAAAAAGGAAUAAUUUAUUGAACAAUCAUUUGCAGUUCAUUUAAAGAGACUUUCUUUUCACUCUUUCAAAGUUAUCUAGACUGGAGAGUGUAGGAAUUUACUCUAAAAUUUUACAGGCAUUUGAGAUUAUUUUCGAAUGCUACAAAAGUGGGAAAAUCUUAGAUACUAUUCAAACUAGGUUCCUCUUUGGAUAAAUCAUUUACUUGAAACUUAAAUAGUGCUUGAAAAAGAAAGAAGAAAAAGAAAUUUCUUCUGAAUUUCUUUGUCUGAUGAACUUUCUCAAAGGCUUCCUCUCAGACAGAGAGAACUUAAUUUAUAUUUAUUAAAAGAAUGAUUUUAUGAUAUAAAAUUAACCUUUGCUUAAUGAAAUGAUUUCAAUUAUUAUAGAAUUAUCAAAGGAAAAGUAUGAUAAAGAUGAUUUUAAAUACAUAACUGCCUACUCAAGUGAUUUGCUUAUGGGUCUUCUCACUUAUUAGAAAUAAAGCAAAAAUGUUGAUGAAUAAAAAGUUCAAAGUUUGUACUAACUUUACCAAUCAAAUAAAUUAAAAUGGACUGAACUCUUCAAUAUAUUCAAUGAGAAUCCUAAGGAUUUUUUGAAAAAAAUAGCUAGUUUUAAGCAAGUUCAAGAUUUUAGAAACCUCGAUGACGAUUCAAUAAAGUAGAUCACUAGGUUUUUAAGAGUAUACAGUGACAUUAAUCAAAAGCAUAUGAUUGAAAUUCUUGGAGGAACAGAAAAAUUCCACAAUAAGUGUUUAAUUGAGUAUUUGAAAUUAUUUAAUUUUAGCCAAAUAUCAAUUCUAGAAGCAACAAGAGUGGUUUUCUCUACCUUCUUAAUGACUGGAGAAACUUAAUAGGUCUUGAGAUUCUUGGAAGCUUACUCCAAUAUGUAUUUUGAAAAUAACAAUCAUAUGUUUUUAUCGAGUGAUUCAAUCUAUGUGUACAUAAGUGCUAUGAUGAUGCUUCACUCUGAUCUUCAUAAUGAAAAUAACUAAAAUAAAAUGUAACUGGAGUAAUUCAUCAAUCAAGUAAGAGGAUGUAACCUUCAAUAAGGAUAGCACACUGGAGGAGUUGAUUUACCAAAAGAAUUUGUUACUGAAUGCUAUCAAAAUAUCUAAAAGGAAGAAAUUAGAGAAUGUAGAAAUUUCCAUACUUCUCAAUAUACAACUAAAAUAAUUUGGAAUUAUCUUGAGUCGGACUAAGAAUUUAAUAAGGAUACUAAUAACCUCUCUUUCAUAGAACCUGAACUUGUUGAAAUUGACAACGAUCCAGAAAUGAAAUAGUAAGUUUCUGAAAAGGCUAUUUUCGAUCUUAUAUUGUCAAAUAUUAUUUCAAACAUUGAUUCUAUAAUCAUCAAAUUCUUCGAGCUUGAUGAAGAGAGUGUCUCAUAGUUCAUAGAAUCUCUCAUAACUCUAUGUGUUCAAAAUGACAAAACAGAUUAAAUUGAACUUAUUUUUUCCAAUUUCUAUAUAAAUGCUAAAGUAGAAAAUAUUGGCGAGCAGGAUGAAAAAUCAAUAUAAUACUUGUUUUGUUGCUUUUUAAUGUUAAAAAAAGCUUUUGCACAUAUUAAAGUUUAGAGACCUUAGGCAAUAAAAUUACUAACUAAAACAACUAAGAUUAGGUCUAGUUUGAUUAGAGACUCCCUUGCUCAAAGAUGCAAUCUUUUGAUGAAAAAAAUAAGAGAAUCAAAUGACUUUUAUAACUAGAAUAAACAUAACAGUCGCUCAAUUUUAGAUAUAUUCUCUAACUUUUUGGUCUAAGAAGAGCAAUCUGACGAUGAAUAAGAAGAAAAAAGUAUUGUUUCUUUGUAAUAGAGAGUUCCAUACGAUAUUUCUUCCAUUUAUGCUAAGAGAUUCAAAAAUGAAAAUUUAACUUCUGAGAUAUUAUCUUAAACACUAUUAUUAGAUGAUAAAGAAUAUGAAGAUCUUAUUAAUAGUAUUUUGAAUGAAUUUAAUGGUUAUAGCAUUGCCUAAUUUUCCUAAAGAACUCACACUUUUGCUCAUUUAAUUGAUAUAUGUAUCUAGAUUAUGAAGAAAAACCAGGACAGAGUGGAAAAAGUAUGGGAAAAAAUAUGCAUUUUAUUAAAGCUUGGAUUUAGUCGUGAUAAGGUUGAUAAAAAAGAUCCACUCCUUUUCUAGAUUGAUAAUGAAAAUUUGAAAUCUUUAAUUUUCACUUUGAACGAAAUGUCAAUUCUCAAAAAGAAAAAGAAAACUUUUUUACACAGUUUUAGCAAAUUCUGCUUAUUAGAGCUAUGCAUGAAUCACAUGCAUUUAUGUGAUAAGUUUAAUUCAUAUGAUGACUGCUUAUAGGAAGGAUUGAACUAUCUUGAUAAUUGCUCUUUACAACUCCUCGAAGAAUUCAAUGUUUAGUUGAACACUUACAUAGCUUCUAACUAACUUUUUGAAUGUCGUAAAGGAUCUUAUUUGUAGGCUUUAAAGAUGUUUGAUAAAAUACAAGAAGUUCUCAAUGGAAAAAAUUUAGAAAAGUAGGAAGUCAUUACUAAUUGCGUCACUCUUAAAGAUUCAAUAGGAAAUUUCGCUUACCAAUUAAAUAAUAUAAGUGAUGAUGAAGAAUAUGUUUAGGUUUUAAUCCAAACAAUGAAACUCUUUGAAAACUAUCUUAAAUCAAAGAUUUUCAAAGUUCUUGAUGCUGAAAUAUACGCUUUAAAUCUUUUACAAGGACUAAUUAUUUCAGAAGGAGCAAGAUCAAACUAAAUUAAAGCAUUCGAUAGAGAGCUUAAUGCCACUUUGUUGUAAGCUCUUUUAAGCCUUAUUUUAUGUGUAAAAGACUGGAGUUAGUCUACUGUAGAAUAAAUUAUCAAAAUGAUUCAAAGAACAAUAGUUCAAAUUAGAUACAAAUAUGUUAGUGAUGAACUUUUCAGACAGAUAUACGAUUGUAUAAGACUUUGCUAGAAUAAAAUUUUAUUAUUCAAAAACGACCAAAUUCUUAGGGAUUACAUCAAUAUUUUGUCAAGCCUAUUCCUAAACUGGAUUAAUAAAGAAAGAUUUAAUGAAAUAUUCCUUAAUCCAUUUAUAGUUAAUCUUGCUGAAAUACAUAAAUUUUCAGCAGAAAACUAGCUCAAUUAAAUAUGUACAGUAAUAAAAAGCAAAAUUACAGAAAUAUUUACACAUUUAAGCAAUGAAGGCAUCUUGAAACAGGAUAGUUUAUCAGUUUAAAAGUGUAACUAAAUUUGCCAGAAAUAUAAUAUUUAAGUUAGCUUCCACUAAAUUUUCAACAUUCCUUACAGUCCCUAAGCUUCAUAACAAUCAUAGCAAUUAUAAUAGCUAUAGCAAGAAAAGCUGUAAAUAUCGCCCAAAUUCUACUCAUAGUAAAAUUUGAACGAAAACAAUAAUGUAAUCGAUUCAUGCAAAAUGAAUACAGAUGAUAAUAAAACAGUUGACUCAAAUAAUUAAUCAUCUUAAAAUGAGCUAAAUUCCAAUCAAGAAAUAAAUGUCAAUCAAUAAAAAUCUUCAGAAGAGAAAGAAGGAAUAGCAGAAUAAAUAGAUUAGCAAUCACAACCAUAAAUAGAAGAAAAGCAAAACUCAUAAUAAAAUAUAUAAAAUCCAAAUUAAGAUUAAGAAAGUACAGAAGAUAAAUAAAUACCAUUGAUUUGAUGUGUUUUUUAUUUUUUAUAUUUUUAAUUUGUAAUUUUUAAAUAAAUAAUAAUAAAUUAAUUAAUU